AUGGUGACCGGUGACCCUUGGCUUGGGGUCCCAGCCAACUGGCUGCUGGCAUACGGAGCCGCAGAAGCAGAGCGGCUCCCGUUUCGACUAUACAUUCACCGCGGUGGACGCCUCCGGUGUAACUCUGCGUUAGGUGAAGAGGAGCUCAUCGACUGGCUUGCGGGUUGCUCAACACGAGCUGAGUCGAACCUCAUUAACGGACGCCUUUUCCUACCCGUGACCCGCCCUAUUGCCAUGCGCCCCGAGCUUCCAGUUGAUCUCGAAGCACAACCACCAGCAGGCCACGUCCUUGAUUUGCAUGCCAAACACUGGGCCGAUGCCGUUAAACCCGAAACCCAAGCACGAAUUGGCACCUAG